AUGUCCAGUACACCAGUGUCAAGCUCGUCACCAGGAGGGAGCCCCGAACAAUGCGAAGCGGGCAAGUCUGGAGCAGCAGAUCAGCUACUCUGUCUUUUACAAGACCCCUUCUCUCAAUCGUUCAAAUCCACGUCGAUAUGGACCGCGCUCGCAACCUCAGUCGGUUUCAUGCUCCUGAUCGUCCUCCUUUUCUCCCUCAUACGACCCCGAAACAACGUAGUAUAUGCGCCGAAGCUGAAAUAUGCGGAUGAUAAACAUGCGCCCCCAGUCAUUGGGAAGGGCUUGACCGAUUGGGCUCCACCGUUGCUGAAGUUACGCGAGGCAGAGUUGGUGGAGAAGAUCGGGUUGGAUGCGACAGUCUUCCUCAGGUUUACAAAGAUGUGCCGAAAUAUGUUUGGGAUACUCACCAUUGUUGCUUGCGGCCUGGUGCUUCCAACCAAUCUGAUAACGGGUGGGAAGGAUGCGUUUGCAAAAUCAACAAAGCAAACGGGCUUCUGGAUAACGAGCACGCCGCAGUAUACAAGGGGCUCAGUCCUAUGGGUUCAUGUUCUAGCAGCUUAUUUAGCCAAUAUGGUUGUGAUUUUCUACUUGUGGAGGAAUUACGUUGUAAUCACAAGACUCAGGAGGGGAUACUUUGAGAGCUCGGAGUACCUCCAGAGUCUUCAUUCGAGGACAUUGAUGUUCAUCGAUAUUCCACAGGCAUCGAGAACAGACGAGGGACUUCUGAGGCUAGCUGAUGAGGUAGAACAGACCAGCGGGAUUCCAAGAGCUGCGAUUGCAAGGAAUAUGAAGGAGCUUCCGGAAUUGAUGGAGCAGCACGAAAAGGCAGUCAGAGAGCUGGAGUCUGUGCUUGCCAAAUACCUCAAGAAGCCAGAUAGCCUACCAGCCCAAAGACCGACAAUGAGGCCUGGCCGAGAUUUACGGGGAGUGUCCAAGGUGGACUCAAUCGAUUAUCUAAUGGACCGGAUCUUGGAUCUCGAAACAGAGAUCAAGCAUGUGCGAAGCUCCGUCGAUAAGAGGAAUCCUAUGCCUUACGGCUUUGCUAGCUACGAGAGGAUUGAAGAAGCCCACACGGUAGCUUAUGCCGCUCGGAACAAGAAGCCGCACGGGACAACGAUUUGUCUGGCACCACGACCCAAUGAUCUCAUCUGGAAGAAUUUGCCCCUGUCGAAGAAAGACAAACGCUGGAAGCGCCUUAUUAAUGAUUUUUGGAUUUUGCUUCUGACCGUGGCGUGGAUUGCACCGAAUGCAAUGAUUGCCAUAUUCCUAUCCGAUCUGUCACAUUUGUCUAAGGUGUGGAAGGGGUUCAAAGACAAUUACGACCGCCAUCAUCAAGCCUGGGCUAUCGUUCAGGGUAUUGCUUCACCAGCUAUCACCUCUCUCCUCUAUCUUCUACUUCCGAUUGCCUUUCGACGCUUGUCAAUGCACGCGGGCGACAUCACCAAGACGUCGCGUGAAAGGCAUGUGGCCAGUAAGCUUUAUGCUUUCUUCGUGUUCAACAACUUGAUCAUCUUCUCGGCCUUCUCCACCGUCUGGGCCCUUGUUGCUGCUGUGAUCCACCACCCCCAUGGCGAGUCUGUCUGGGACGCCAUCAGACAGGGUUACUUCUUCGUAAAAGCCUUGGGUGGCCUGGUCGAAAUUUCCCCUUUCUGGCUCACGUGGCUGCUUCAAAGGAACCUUGGUAGUGCAGCUGACUUGGCUCAAAUCAUUCAAUUGUUCUGGGUCUGGUUUGGGAAAACCUUCACCGCACCUACUCCUCGCCAAAGAAUCGAAUUGACAGCGCCCACACAAUUUGAUUACGCGGUAUAUUACAAUUACUUCCUCUUCUACGCAACUGUCGCUCUCUGCUUCGUAACAGUCCAGCCUCUCACUGUUCCAAUUACAGCGCUCUACUUCGUCAUCGAUUACUGGCUAAAGAAAUAUCUUCUCCUCUACGUUCUGAUCACAAAACACGAGUCUGGCGGCUCGUUCUGGCGGGUGCUUUUCAAUCGCAUGGUCUUUGCUACUAUUCUUGCUAACUUUGUCCAUGGCAUUGUCGUUCUUGGAGCCGGAACCUGGCAGAUGGCCGCCGCCUUGGUCCCUCUCCCCUUCAUCCUCUUAGGCUUCAAAUUUUACUGUGCCCGUACCUUUGACGACCAAUCUAAAUACUAUACCAAAGGUAUUUUGAGAGAUCCUGAAAACAUGGCCGACCCGGGCAAACAAGCGCGCCGCAACGACCGCGUACAUAAGAAGUUCGGCAACCCUGCGCUCUACGCCAAACUCAUGACCCCAAUGGUGCACGCUAAAGCCUCCCGCAUCCUUCCUUCUCUCUAUGGAGGCAACCACAAGCACGAACAACACCCCGCAUUCUUCUCCGCCUCACAGAAGCAGCAACACCAGCGCGUCGACUCCACAAUGACAGACAUAGCAAUGGAUCCCAUGUCCGCCUCUUUCCCGGGCAAAGCCGCACAUUUUACACCCACCCAUACACCCUCCUCCUCCACCGGCCACUCCGACAAAAAGGGUCUAUUUGAGCUCGUCCCCGAAAACAAACUCGAUUUUGGAUACUUCAAAUCCCGCUCCGAGUUCGCAGACGAAUACGGCGGCGACGGCGAACUCUACGGUCGACCUCAAGAUCUCGUCUCAGAAGGCGGCCGUAGCACCCCUAUGUCUUUCAUGCACGGUGCGCGCGAUGGCUCCCCGAGCUCUUCUCGCGCAAGCAGCCCGGGGCCAUAUGGGAGUCCGAGGGACUAUCGCGCUUUCAGCCCCACGCAGCAACUGGUGCAGCAGCAGGGGCAGGGUGUACAUCCCGCAUAUCGCGUGCCAACGCCGCAGCAGCAGCAUGAGCGAACGGGAAGUUCGGGGAGCAGGGGGAGGGGGUUGUAUCAGUAUGGUGGCGGGGGCCAGAGGACGGAGAGUGAGUCGAAUCUUUUGAGGGCUGCGCAACCUAAUCCAGUCGACGAUGGUCGGAGUCAAAGGGAGAUGUAUGGGCUUGAUAGGUGGAGGACGGGUGGGAGCGGGUAUGCGCCUGUGGCGAACAAUCCCGCUGAAUUUGAGGAGCAAGGCGGGUUGGGGACGGGGAUGGGCUUUGCAAUAGCUCAGACGCUGCAAGACCUUGUGAUAGGAUGCCCAUUAAAAGCGACAAAACGUGGCGAGGAAGAUAGCUUGAACGCCCCCCAAAAACGCCCAUCAUUAUCUCCUAAGGAAUCAAACGAGAUUCAUCCUAUAAAUCGGGGUGAAAAUUAUGAAAAUCUCAGUUCCGAUAAUCGUGGCAGUUUGACGGAUUCUGAGACAGCAAAGAGGCAGACAAUUCUUUACCGAAGUCCUGACGGCAAGAAACAUCGACUCGCUGAGACGGAAGCAGGUAACCUCGAGUACCUUUUAGAUAAGUCUUUGAAGACGGAGGAUGAAGAGGAUAAUGAAAAGUUGAAGACCGCACGAGCAUUCUUCGUGUGA